AUGUCUGCUGGUAUCGUGAACGUUCGUCGUGAUGUUGACGACAAGUUCUACCGCUACCGCAUGCCCCUUCUGUUGACUAAGAUAGAAGGCAAGGGUAAUGGCAUCAAGACUGUCGUACCAAACAUGUCUGACGUCGCCCGCGCGCUAAGCCGACCGCCCACGUACCCCACCAAGUUCUUCGGCUGCGAACUUGGCGCGCAGACGUCGUUCGACGAGAAGAACGAUCGCUACAUUGUUAACGGCGCGCAUGACGCAACCAAGCUGCGCGAGCUCCUGGACGUGUUCAUCGACAAGUUCGUGCUGUGCAAGUCGUGCAAGAACCCCGAGACGGAUCUCAUCAUCACCAAGAACGACGAGAUCAUCCGUAACUGCAAGGCGUGUGGCGAGCGCACUGGCGUCGACAUGCGCCACAAGCUGACGACGUUCAUUCUCAAAAACCCGCCCAAGGCCAGCUCGAAGAAGAACAAGGGAACGAAAAAGGCCAGCGGCGAUGGCAGCCCGAGCCCUAGCGCUAACGGCAACGGCCAUGAGAACGGCGAUGCUGCGGACGAGGCGGCCGGUAGUGACGAUGAACUCACGAAGCGCAUCAAGGCAGAAGCCGCUGAACUUAACGACAAUGCUGCCAUCACCAAGGACGAUUGGUCUGUGGAUACUUCGACCCAUGCUGUGAAGGCUCGCGUUAAGGCGGUGGAGAGCAGCAUGGCCGCCAUCGCGCUUGGUGGUGACGACGACAGCGACGAGGAUGUGGACAGCCCUUACUCCCAGCUCGGUCGUUGGAUUGAGGAGAACCGUGACAGCGGUCCUGUCGAGAUUUACAAAAUGGCAGAAGAGUUUGGCAUUGCGAAGAAGCACAAGACUGUGCAGAUCAUUGCCCAGGCACUCUUCACUGCCAACAUUGUCGCUGAAAUCCCUAAGUACUCACUGCUCUUUGCGAAGAUGGUGACGUCUGAGAAGCACCAGAAGUCACUGCUUGGUGGCAUCGAGCGUCUCGUCGGCACUACCUACCCCACCCUCAUUCCUGCCGUCCCCAAGAUCCUGAUGGAGUUCUACCAGGCCGACAUCAUCGAGGAGGACCUUGUCAAGCAGUGGGGUACGCAUGUCAGCAAGAAGUAUGUUGACAAGGAGACCAGCAAGAAAGUCCGUAAGGCCAGCGAGCCCUUCCUCAAGUGGCUUGAGGAGGCGGACGACAGCGAUGAGGACGAGGGCGAUGACUGA